UAAAUCUUAUGAAAUAUAAGAUUAAAUUUAUUUUUUAAUAUUUUUUUUCUGUUUGAUUCGCAUGUUAUUUCUUGUCUGCUAUUUUUAUGCAAAUACAAUGUCAUGGGAAGUACCAUGAUUGAUAUUUUAUUUUCUGUAAUAAAAGUUUCACUAAUGCAUUUCAUGAGUUAGUUAAUAUACCUGUUACAUUAUCUAAGAAUGGAUAGUCUUUUUACUCAGAGUAUAUGCGACGAUUUAGAAGAUAUACCACAAACGGACCAACCUGUCUGGAUUCUUGGAAAAAAAUAUCAUGUUAAAACUGAGUUAGAAGAAAUACGUAAAGAUAUUUUGUCUAAAUUAUGGUUUACUUACCGUAGAGGUUUUAUUCCCAUUGGUGGUUUUAGUUCUUCAUUUACAACUGAUAGGGGAUGGGGCUGCAUGUUAAGAUGUGGCCAAAUGGUUCUUGGUCAAGCCUUAAUCUUUUUACAUUUAGGUAGAGAUUGGCGUUGGACAUCAGAAACAAAUAAUACAACGUACCUGGAAAUAUUGAAACGCUUUGAAGAUAAGAGAGCUGCUCCUUUCUCCAUUCAUCAAAUAGCAUUAAUGGGAGCAUCAGAAGGAAAAGAAGUUGGACAAUGGUUUGGUCCAAAUACCAUUGCACAAGUAUUAAAAAAAUUGGUUGUGUACGAUGAAUGGAGCUCUAUUACAAUACAUGUAGCUUUGGAUAAUACUUUAAUAGUUAAUGAUAUCUUAAGACAAUGUAAAGUGGAGGGAGGUACAACAGUUGAAGUAGAUGGUACAGAACCAUUGAAAGCACCGAGCCAAUGGAAGCCUUUAUUACUGUUAAUACCACUUCGUCUUGGUUUGAAUGAAAUUAAUCCUGUUUACCUCGAUGGACUUAAAACUUCGUUCAAGAUCCCACAAUCUCUGGGAGUAAUCGGUGGAAAACCAAAUCUUGCUUUAUAUUUUAUUGGUUGUGUUGGAGAUGAAGUAAUUUAUUUGGAUCCACAUACGACACAGCGUUCAGCUAGUAUCGAUGAUGAGAGAGAUGUGGAUCUCACAUACCACUGCAAAUCUGCUAGUCGUAUUUCUAUUACAGACAUUGAUCCCUCCGUAGCACUUUGCUUUUUCUGUGCUACAGAAAAAGAUUUUAAAUCUAUGUGUAAGACAAUGCAAGAUGAAUUGUUGGUAUCUGCGAAACAACCAUUAUUCGAGUUGACUGCAGAGAGAUUAGUUAAUUGGUCACCAGCUGAAGACGUAUCCGAGGCAAUGGGAGCUAGUAAUUUUUUAGACUUUGAACACAUAGAACGUCAAUAUGAUACAUCGGACGAAGACUUUGAGCUACUUGGUUGACAUUUAAUAAAUGAAAUGACAAAUAAUCGAUUUGAACAAUUUAAUUGUUCUUUUUUCUUUUUAAUAAGAAAAU